AGGACGGAGGGGAGGGAGGGGUGAACGGGUAGUCAGAUUCUGGUUUGGUGAGUUUUUAGGGGCAGGGAGUGUGUACAGCAUACACAGAGGGAGCAGGAGAGAGAGAGAGAUUUUACUGAAAUGAAAAGAGAAGGAAGAGGAGCCUGAGCUCUUGUCACUGACACCAUCACAAGCCUGCAAGCCCUGAAAGCAGGAGGCGCCUUGAAGAAGACCGAGAGGCCAGAGAGAGAGAGCGACAGACGGUGAAACAGGAGGAGAGGAAGAGGGAGAGAAGAUGAGAAAGUGACAGGCUGGAUUGGUGCUUUAAAUGGUGGCAGAAGAACUGACAACAGUGACUUUGUGACUACAACUCCCAUCAUCCCACAGGCCCCAGAUCUGAUUGGAUGGUUUUAUCAUAAUGACAGCCGAAGAUCCCACUUCCUCCUCAAGCAUGAGCAAUAACGCCGCCCCCUCCAGCUCCAAACCCUCUGGCCCCUCUCACCAUUCUCUCCAUGGACAAAUCACCAUCCCUGAAGGUGUGGCAGGUGCUCCCAAUGAGGCCGCCCUGGUGGCCCUGAUGGAGCGUACUGGUUACAGUAUGGUCCAGGAGAAUGGUCAACGGAAAUAUGGCCCCCCACCUGGCUGGGAUGGCCCAUCUCCACCACGCGGAUGUGAGAUCUUUGUGGGCAAGAUCCCUCGGGACGUUUAUGAGGAUGAGCUGGUCCCGGUGUUUGAGUCCGUAGGACGCAUCUAUGAGAUGCGCCUUAUGAUGGACUUUGACGGGAAGAACCGUGGCUAUGCAUUUGUUAUGUACACACAGAAACAUGAGGCCAAGCGGGCUGUGCGGGAGCUCAACAACUAUGAGGUUCGGCCCGGACGGCUGCUUGGGGUCUGCUGCUCCGUAGACAACUGCCGUCUUUUCAUUGGUGGUAUCCCAAAGACCAAAAAGCGUGAGGAGAUCCUUGAGGAAGUCUCUAAGGUGACAGAGGGUGUACUAGACGUGAUUGUUUAUGCCAGCGCUGCAGACAAGAUGAAGAACCGUGGCUUCGCCUUUGUGGAGUAUGAGUCCCACCGUGCGGCUGCCAUGGCCCGCAGGAAGUUGAUGCCGGGGCGUAUCCAGCUUUGGGGCCAUCAGAUUGCAGUGGACUGGGCCGAGCCAGAAAUCGAUGUGGAUGAGGAUGUGAUGGAGACGGUGAAGAUCCUCUACGUCAGGAACCUCAUGAUGGAGACCAGCGAGGAGACACUUAGACAGGUGUUUAGUCAGUGGAACCCUGGCUGUGUAGAACGAGUGAAGAAAAUCCGUGACUAUGCCUUCGUCCACUUCACCUCCCGGGAGGACGCUGUCUUGGCCAUGGACCACCUCAACGGCACAGAGGUGGAGGGGUCCUGCAUUGAGGUGACUCUUGCCAAGCCAGUUGAUAAAGAGCAGUACACACGCUACCAGAAGGCCUCUAAGGGGGGCACAGUCGCUGCAACUCCAGAGGCUACUCAGCAGAACUAUGUUUACCAGUGUGACCCCUACACACUGACCUACUAUGGUUAUCCCUACAACACCCUCAUUGGACCAAACAGAGACUACUUCGUCAAAGGAGCCCCAAUGAUACAGAACAAUGCAGGUACUGUGCGAGGUCGUGGUCGUGCUGCUGCAGGUAACCGUACCCCUGGACCACGGGGGUCCUACCUGGGGGGUUACUCUGCUGGCCGUGGCAUCUACAGCCGCUACCAUGAGGGCAAGACCAAGCAGCCCGAAAAGCCCUAUGAGCUGAUGCCCAGUCUGGAGCUGGCUGCCUCCGUCAACCCAGUUGGCAUCAAACCUGGCACAAUGGCCUUGCCAACUCUGGGUGGUCAGUACCCAGUGUUCAGUGCAGCUCCUGCAGCCAAGCUGAUGGAGGAGGGCAAGAUGCACACGGUGGAACACCUUAUCAACCCUCUGGCCAUGCAGCACCCUGAGCACACCUCUGCCCCUGCUGCUGCUACUGUCCUACCAGCAGUUUCUACACCUCCACCUUUCCAGGGGCGUCCCAUCACUCCAGUGUAUGCCAUGGCUCCUAAUGUACAGCGUAUCCCUGCAGCUGGUGGCCUGUAUGGAGGUGGCUACAUCCCCAUCACCAAUUACGCUGCUAACACGGCAGCUCUGGCUGCUCUGCAGAAGAACGCGGCAGUUGCAGCUGCAGCAUACGGAGGAUACGCAGGCUACGCCGUCCCACAGGCCUUCCCUGCCACAGCCUUCCAGGUCCCCAUCCACGAUGUCUACCAGACAUACUGAAUCUAAACCUGAGACCACAUAAACAGCAACGUUGUUUUGGUUGUGACUGAUCAACCGCAACGUAACAUCUGAACAAUGUACAAUUUGACCCAACGCAUCUAAACAUCCUUGAACUUGUGAAACCUCUGAGCUCUGUGAAGGAUUUUUUUUUUUUUUUAAUUUCACAUGACUUAACUACUCAGAGCAUACAUGCUGAGAGGAUGUCGUCCUGACAUCUUGGGCCAACAUCUGCCCCAUCUACUGGCCUCAGCAUAUCCUGGAUUCAAGGCUGCCAUAAGACAGGCUUAAUUAAAUAGCAUCAGCAUUUCCCAAUAAAACCACUGAGUAAUUAUAACAGAUGUAGAAGACAGUCCAUACACUGAGGAAACCUACUUGUUUAUGCUAACACUCCUCCCCCAACAAUAAGCAAGACCCACAGUAACAACCACUCAGCUCACCCCCAUCCUUCUCUCUAACUAUGUUGCUGUGGCAACAAGAACUCUGAAGGUACAUUUAAGUAUUUAUGAAGACAAGAUACAUAUUUAAACUUUUAUUCUCUGUAGGGCUCUGAUUUCAUUUAGGGUAAUAUUUGGACUCUGAAGUAGAGAUUAUGUUUUAAACUUUCUAAAAAAAAAAAUAAUUUUGAAAAAACUUUUGGGGUGGGUGGGGUGGGUGUAUACAAAAUUAACCGAAAGAAAAAAAAAAAAGAGUACUACAGGAACUACUGACCAGAGAGGAUACCACUGAAGACACCUAUGUUUGUUUUUCGGAUAUACUAAAAAGUUGUUUUAGUAUUUUUCAUUAACAUAGAGUAUUCUAGAUCAUUUUACAUGCUGUAGGUAACGCUUUCCGUCCAUAUUGGUUGAAAGAGCAUAUGUCAAAGAUGCCUGUUUGGUAUUUUGGUUUAUUUAGUGUUGUUUGUGUUUUAGGAUAUCUUAAAUGAAGGUUAUGAGUUGUUUCAUUUUUAUGCUUAGGACUAGUUUGCAUAUUUGUAUGUCUCUUCUUUCACCUUAUCAAACAUGUAUCUUGGUUUGUUUGAAGAAACCUUGGCAACUAAAUAUUUUUUGUGACAGAUUCCUUGGGGAACAAAAACUAGAGAAAAACCUGAAGUAAACUGGAAAGCUUUGCCAAUGAUGGGUGAAAGGUGGCCUGUCUAUCGUUUUGAUACAGUAACAUCAUCCAGAACUACUGGAUGGCUCAUUUAAAUAGAUGCAUCUCCCAUCCUUGGAGAGUCACUCUAACUUGAUCUUUGCCAGGAGACUAAGACUGAACUGAUAUUACUUGUACUUUUUUCUCAUUUGUGUAUGUCAUUAUUAUGUUUUGGAUUUUUUUUUUUUUUUUUUUUUGACUCUUGAAAGGUGAACAAAUAUGGACAGAAACGAGAGAUAUUUUCCGAUAUGGACGGGAGCACAAUGUUCCUGAAAAUACUCCUGCAUUUGCCAAUGCUCACCUAGCAACUAAAACAGAUAAGGCUCGCCUUUACACUAUAAAGAUCCUCUUGGCCUAACAGUGCCUUACAUUUCCAUGUACUACUCUAACAUCCAUUUCCACGUGUGCCUUUUAUAACCAAGCUGGGCCGAUAGUGUGCGUUUGGUGCAGAAGACUUUAAUCUGCACUUGGCACUAUAGUCUUUUCCAUCCAUAUUUGCUAUAAACCGGAUUUGUUUUAUUAUCCUAGUGAGGUGAGAUUUUGUACGUAAGGAAACUAGGGUUUGUUUUCUGCAGUCAGACGUGACAUGUCUACCUCUCUCCUGUAGACUCUUCUCUGAGUGCUCUUGCAGUAACACAUAUCCAUAUAGCGUUCGGCCGUCUCUCUCUUUCUCGUUGUCUCUAACACUGCUUGAACCAGGUGCACUUAACCAUAUUUAUAAAAGGCAAGAGGUUGCCGCUUUCAUGAAGAGAUAUUUAAUGCUGAGCAUGAUUUCAUGUGUGAAAAGGGGUGGUUGGUGGUUUUUUUUUUUUUCUUUUUUGAUGCCUGUGUGUGUCUGACAGAGUUUUUCUUUGUGGUUAAAGCAUAAAACAUUAAAUAACCCCAUGAAUGUUUUAGUAGGCACUUUUAAACUCUGCUGUGUGUGUUGACAACAGGUGUAAUGUUUGACUGGGAAUAACUGGAGCAAUACCUCACACCAGAACAUACAGGUAGCCAUGCAUGUACUAAAACACACACGCACACACACACACACACACACACACAGAUGCACACACAAACGUGCACACAGCUGCUGAUCAUGAAGUCACACUCCAGAGCAGACUUUUAUAUAUAUAUAUAUAUAUAUAUAUAUGAGUGAAAAUCAUUAGUAUGCUGGCUACUAUUUGUAAACCAUCUAAAUAGUUUGGUGACAGGAAGUUUCCAUUCCAGUCUUUUUUUAUUCCUUGUUUUUUAGAUUAAUUUGUUUGCUCAUGUCCAAUUGUCUCCUUUGUUUGUUUGAGUUUAUUUUUUACACCUAAAAACAUACGGUGAGUCUGACUAUUUUGUAAAGGCUGAGGGUGAUUUUGAAUUUGAGAUAGUCGGUGACGCUAUGAAGUCGGGAGCAGCCUGACCGCGUCCUUAAAUCAUUGCCACAGCAAAACAAUGUGUAUUAUUUUAAGUCCCAUCUCUAUCUCUCUCUGAAAGUAUGCUUGGCUACUUUUCUCCCCUCUCAAAACUGGAUUUUGACGCAGAAAAUAAACUGCUCAUGAUGCGUUUAUUAUUUUCUCGUAUGAUGACAGUAAGUCAGGAUAUAUUUAAUAUAUGCAUUACAUGUGUUGUGUAUGAAGUGAGAAGAAAAGGUAUAAUAUAUUCUAAAACAUUUUUUCUUUUCUUUAUAUGCAUCUAAUUUAGGGAUAAAAGUAACCAUAAAAGGUAGAAAAAAAAAUAUUUUUUGCCAAAGUGUCCAAUAGUUUUUGAACAUUAAAGGUUAUUUUGUUUCUUGUUAUGUGUAUUGUGCUUUUAGUAUGAACUGUUUUGAACUGGAUUUGGUGUUGUGAGUGGGAGCGUGAUAGUGUUAUGGCCCGUGCCCUACCUAUUCAGCAAAAUGGUACCAAUUUCAACAGCCAGGACUGGACCUGGCCCAUACAGGUGUCACAACACAUUAGCAAAGGUUCCUGCCUGUGUUUUGCUGCACUCCAGCAGUGGGCUUGGUUUGCUUGGUUAGGCCGAAGCUAUUUGAGCUGUGGUCUUGGCUCUAGCACUCAACAGCUCAAGGUUUUCAUGUCUGAGAUGGCAGAACACACUCCUGAGUCCCCUCCUGCCUCCCACUCAAAACAUCUGCUUUACUUUCUAUUGCCUGCAUUUCACCUGCACAGUCCCAGCAGUAGACAGUAGACAUGCCUAGUUGAAGUUAGCUGGUAAACUGUUCCUAGUGUGUGCCUUAUUACCAAAAUGUGCCCUUUGCUAUACCUUUGUAGGCCAAUGCAGACUUUUUUUUCUAUCGGGUUUAUUAAAAAACAAAAAAAGAAGCUUGUUAAGCAUUGUUAUAUUUAUAGUGAUAAAGUAGAUAAAUAAAGCAUUUUGAAAAGGA